UCUCUCUCAAAAAUAAUGGCGUCUGAAGUCAGUAAAACAUUCGAUGACGAAUUUGAGGAAUAUUGGCAUAAAGUAUUCUACAUCACCCCAAGUAAAGAUACUAAAUGUGAUCCGUCAGUACUAGAGUAUUUUGGAGUUCUACGUUUAACUGACCUCCGAUCUCCUGAGCGAAAAUUGUGGUACAUCUAUUAUGCUAAGCAACCAGAAGUCGAUGAAACUCUAAAACGUAUUUUCCACAAGUACGGCAAAAAAAAUAUGUGUGAAAUUUUUCGGAAACACACAUUUAGCGGCGUUGCAUUGCGUGCCAGAGUAAAAGCCUACUUUGAUGAUAAGAAGUGGCAUGUGAAAGGCAAUUUACUAGAGGCUCCAGCGAAAAGCUCCUACAACAACGAUCAAAUGAUUAAAAUAAUGACAGAACUCCACCAUGAGGAACGGAGAAUGCUUUAUAGCUUUUUGUGUAUGAAACAUAACGGAGUCAUGACUUACUUUUAUUAAUG